AUGGAAGUCAUAUUUGUAUGUGAUCUUGACCUUUCUUUCACUUACACUUUUUCUUUCAGGUCUCUUUCAUUUUUACUUUUUCUUUCAGCUUUCUUUCAUUUUUACUUUCUCUUUCAAGUUUCUAUCACUUUCAUUUUUCUUUCAGUUUUCUUUCAUUUUUACUUUCUCUUUCAAGUUUCUAUCACUUUAAUUUUUCUUUCAGUUUUCUUUCAUUUUUACUUUCUCUUUCAAGUUGCUUUCACUUUCAUUUUUAUUUCAGUUUUCUUUCAUUUUUACUUUCUCUUUCAAGCUUCUUUCACUUUUUCAGUUUUCUUUCAUUUUUACUUUUUCUCCAGCUUUCUUUCACACUUAACAAAUUUCUUUCACUUUCACUUUUUCUUUACAUUUUCUUUAAUUUUCACUUUUUCCUUCAAGUUUCUAUCAUUUUCAUUUUUCUUUCAUUUUCUUUCAUUUUUACUUUCUCUUUCAAAUUUCUAUCACUUUCAUUUUUCUUUCAGUUUUCGUUCAUUUUUACUUUCUCUUUCAAGUUUCUUUCACUUUUCAGUUUUCUUUCAUUUUUACUUUUUCUUUCAGCUUUCUUUCACUCUUAACAAAUUUCUUUCACUUUCACUUUUUCUUUACAUUUUCUUUUAUUUUCACUUUUUCUUUCAAGUUUCUUUCAUUUUCCCUUUUUCUUUCCGUUUUCUUACAUUUUUAAUUUCUCUUUCAAUAUUCUUUCUCUGUUUCUUUAACUUUUCUUUCAAAUUCACUUUCAUUUCAAGUUCUUUAACUUUCACUUUUUCUUUCAGAUUUCUUUCAACUCGUUUUCAAAUUGGCUUUUUUUCAAUUAUUUUUCAAAUGCACUUUUUCAUUCAACUUUCUUUCACUUACUCAUUUUUUUACUUUUUUGACAUUCAAAUUUUCUAUCAAUUUUCUUUCGCUGUCACUUUUUCUUUCAGCUUUUUCAACUCGAGCAUUCCAAUUUUCAUUCAACUUUCUUUUACAUUAAUUUUUCUUUCAAACUUACGUUCACUUUCUCGUUUUCUUGUAUGUUUCUUUCACUUUCACUUUUAUUUUCAGCUUUCUUUUGCAUUGAUCUUUUCUUUUAUCGUUCUUUCACUUUCACUUCUAUUUUCCUUUUACACUUUCACUUUCACUUUUACUUCCAACUCACUUUUACAUUCGCUUUCUUUUAUUCAGCUUUCUUUCACUUUCAAUUCAUUGUUACUUUUUAUUGUCACGCAUGGUUUCUGUCAGUUUUCUUUCGCUAUCUCUUUUUCUUUCAGCAAUUUUAACUCUUGCAUUCCCUUUACCUUUCAUCUUUCUUUUACAUUCCCUUUUUUUUUGAUCGGCUUGCGUUCGCUUUCGCUCUUUCUUCUAUGUUUCUUUCAUUUUCACUUCUACGUUUUAGCUUUCUUUUCAUGUUGA